AUGUAUAUUCAUCUGAACAGAAACAAAAAGAGGAAAAAGGACAUUGAGGAAGAAAAAUUAAAUGAACAAGAAAAUGCAAAAAUUUACGCUGAAUUUGUUCGAUCAUUUGAGGGAAAUGCGCAUGAAAGAGGAAAUAAAUUUGUUAAAAGUGGAAAACUUUUGAACCCUUCAAGUUUUACAUAUGUAUCAACAGAGGAGGAAAAUAAGAAAAAAGGAAGGAGUAAAUUUACGAAGAGUGAUUAUUUUAAUGAAGAAAGAAAAAAAUUAGACGAAAAAUCAGAUAAUAAUAAGAGUAAUACGGGAAAAGUAAAGGAAAUAGAUAGUUUUUUAGAAGAAAUUAAAUUAAAACAAAAAAUUUUGGAUGAAAGGAAAAUUCUUAAAGAAAAAGCUCAACUAGCUAAGUCUGAAGAAGAAAAACUUAAAAUUAAUAAAAAAAUAAUAGAAAUAGAAAAAAAUGAAACGCUGUUUGCUUAUACUUCAAGGAAAGAACGGGUUGCGAAUCUGUACUUGGGAAAUUUGUCACCUGAGGUUACGGAGGAAUAUUUAUGUCAAAGAUUCGGGAAAUUUGGAAAAGUAAACAGUGUGAAAAUAAUGUACCCUCGUAAAGAUGAAGACAAAAAAAAGGCUAGAAUUUGCGGUUUUGUUUGCUUUGAAAAUAAAGAUGAUGCAGAAAAUGCAAAGGAUGCUUUGGACGGUGUAGAAAUGUUUGGAAAUGUUGUGAGGAUUGGUUGGAGUAAAGCUAUACCAAAAAUAUUAAAUAAUAAUAAAGCAGAAAUUAAUAAUUUUAAUUUUGAUAAAAAUAAUACUUGCAAUAUUAGUUCUAAUAAAAAAAUCGAAGUAUUAUUACCAGAAGAUAAAAAAUUGAAAAGAAUAAUUGAUUUGUUAGCUAAAUAUGUUACGGAAGAAGGAUACACAUUUGAAGAAACAAUAAAAAAAAAUGAAAAAGAGAACCCUUUAUUCGAUUUUCUUUUUAAUACCUCUGAUUUAUUCUAUUAUUAUAAAUGGAGAGUUUUUUCUUUUGCACAAGGAGAUAGUUACAAAAAUUGGAGAGUGGACCCUUUUCAAAUGUUCGAAAAUAGUUAUGUUUAUAUACCUCCUAAACUUAAUAAUACGAAGAAGAAUAUUUCCAAAAAACAGGAGAAAACGAGAAGUAAAAAGUGCGAAAUAGAUGAAAAGAAGAAAAAUAAGCUUAUUAACAUCAUAUAUAAUUUAAAUAAAAAGAGGGUAAGUAUAUGCCGUGCGAUGAUAUUUUGUACAAGGCACAGUGAUUUCAGUUUAGACAUUGUAAAAACAAUUUCUAGUUUUUUAACAGAUUUAAAAUAUGACAUGCUGAAAAAGAUAAAUUUAGUUUAUUUAUUAUCAGACAUAUUAUACAACUGCAGUAAUCAAUUUUACUCUUCAUGGUCUUAUAGAAAGCAUAUAGAAGAGGAGUUACCUCGCAUAUUUUUUUAUUUUAGAAAAAAUAUAAAAAAAUGUGAUAGUAAAAUAAAAGCAAAAAUAUUUACAGAUUCUAUUGUUAAUAUAUUUCAUAUGUGGGAUAUUUGGGCAAUUUACAAUACCUUUUUUAUGAAUGGGUUAAAAUGUUUAUUAUCAAAUAAAAAAUUAAAUUAUAUAAAAAAUGAAAUACAUGAAUCGGAUUAUGAUAAAGAUUUGGAUGGAACAAAAAUUGAAUUUUUUGAUGAAUUAAAAAGUUAUCCAUUAAAUUUAAGAAAAAAUGCAUUUUCUUACUUUAUGAAAGAUGAUAAUCAAUUAAAUCGAUUAUGUGAACAGAGAGGAUUAUAUUUCGAUGAGAGCUUUAGUAAAAAAAAGAAAAUUAAAUAUUUAUUAAUAUAUGAUGACUUUUGUAGUAAUGAUAUUAAUAUAAUAAAUAGGAAAAAUAACAUGAAUUUUAUAUUACAAAAUGAGAAUAAAAAGAUUUUCACGUUAGGCUUUGAAGAAAAUGAUACUGUCCUACACGCAGAGGAGAAGCAUGCAGUUAACGUGUUAUGA